AUGGUGGCCGUCGUCCGUGCAUACAAUCAGCCCGGCACCCGAAAGAACGACACGAUGGACCUCCAGACAACGCCGGCAGAGACUGCAGGUAUUAGUCCCCUUGCAUCUACGAUCUCAAGAGGAACAAGCCUGGGAUUAAGCCUGGGGCUGUUGGAAGUCUCAGUCGACGACUUGGUACGUAAUAAGCGCCAUCACUGGAUUACGGAUGCAGCAGCUGAGACGGUAGCAGAGGUCUUGGAAAACACUCUCUUGAAGCAAACAGAACGCGGUGCAUGCGGCUGCGCACAGGGUGACCGCCAUUCUGCUGAACCCACUGGCGAGGCCCCCAAUGUUCUCGGAGUGCUGUCCCUCUUGGCUCAGGAGCUGCACAAACUCAAUGCGCAGACGCGGCCGCCGCCACCUAUCGCCGAGGCACUCGUGCCGUCGCCCUCGGUCUCUCAAGGGUCCAGCCGGAUCGCGGUGGAUGGCCACGCUUUUUCAGCCGAGUCACCGGGGCGGCCUCGAAAGCGGCGCAGAGUCGACAGCUGCGGCAAUCCGACCAUUGAGCUCACUUUUGCCCUCGAAGAUCUAGAAAACAUCUGCACAAACCUGCCGCCCCCGGCCCUGCUCGAAGAUGUAAUAAACGCCUACUUUGGCCUUAUCCAGCCCUGGAUACCCAUGAUUCAUGAGACCCAGUUUCGCGCACGCAUUCAUGAUCCCGGACAACUCCCUGGCCUGGUCGUGUUGCUCCAUGCCAUGGUCGUCGCAGCCCUGCGAUUCGUCGACAGUGCGGGCAUCGGCCUCCCCCAAGCCGAGCUGAAGACUCGCGCGACUAGAUCUCGGAAUAUUGUCAUGCUGACUGCAAUGGAUCAUCUCUCUGUGGAAAACCUGCAGGCUCUUCUUAUUGUAGCCUUCAAUGAUAUUGGACAUGGUGACUCGGCUAAGGCAUGGUCAGUCAUUGGGUCACUGACAAGGACGAUCGAGUACGUGCAGCUCAGUGUUGAGUCUGACCUCGACGGCAAGGAGCCUCUGUUGAAGCCCUUGACAACCAUACCCGCCCCCGACAACUGGACAGAAGAGGAGCAGCGAAGACGUGUAUUUUGGAAUGUGUUUUGCCUCGACAGAUGGAAUACGAGUCUGACAUCAGACGAUGUGCAACGCCGGCUCCCGGCGGACGGAGGACUGUGGCAUAAAGAAGAGCCGGUCACGACGCCUUACUUUGGCAUAUGGGAUCGAUCGGCUGCCAGAAUCGGCAAGUCGAUCGCUUUUCUACCCGGUCAUAGCACGGCACCCGCUUCAGAGGCGCCUUUGACAACCUCAAACACCGGCGCAAGCAGCGGCCCUAAUACUGUAGAUAUGACAACAGUGGGAGCAUUUGCCUAUUGUAUCGAGGCAACAGAGUCUCUCAGCAGGGUGACGACGUAUUUUCUUCAGCAGAAAAUCGACUUUCAGGAUCGACAGGAAGUCAGCAGCUGGCUCACAAGAUUCAAGGAGCUCGAUCUGCGUCUCGUCCAAACAGCCCCGUCACCAGCCAGUUUGCGUUUUGUGUUUUUGUCAGCGCUCGUGUCCUACUCGAAUCUGGAGGAAAUGGCCCGGCGCUGGAUGGGCCACUUGCGGGAACAGCCUUUACCUUGUCUAGCUGGCAACCGUCCGAGCAAGAAGUUAGCUUCGCGAUGCCACGAUUUCAAGACCUGGUUGCCGUCGGAUCUGCCGCAACUCCGAAACUGCCGGGGCCCUCCGGCCUCACGCCCCAAGGAUCAGAGGGCCAGCCUGAUGAGCUGUCCGCGAUUUCUCACAUGUUGA